AAAUCCGAAUAAAAUCAAUAUUUACGUUGUUUACUUUCGUUACUGCUUAAAAAAAUUGUUCUGUGCUCUGUGGAAAACCCCGAAAAAAAACCAACAUGUCAAAGAGAAAAGCCUCGGAAAUAGUAGAAGAGGACAAUUACUUGGACGACUUGGUGCAGGACAAACAAAGUAACCGGCCAUCUACCAGUAAGCACACCUUGGAUUCCGAUGAAGAGGACAGCGGCGACGAUGAAGCCCAAUAUAAUGUUCUGGAUGAUAACGACCUGGAUGGUCAGGAAGACGGUGUGGCCCGUGUGGACGGAGAGAUGAAAUUCACUCCGUUCAACAUGAAGGAAGAAAUGGAGGAAGGACAUUUCGAUGCGGAUGGGCACUACUUGUGGAAGAAAGGCGCCGAAAUCAGAGAUAACUGGUUGGAUAACAUCGAUUGGGUCAAAAUAAAAAACGACCCGAACUAUAAGGAGGACAAAGAUAAAGUUAAGGGGUUGGCAGAUUCGGAUUCCGACGACGAUGACGACAACGAGAAGGAAAAAUCUCAGCAGACAGAUUGUACCCAAGUUUACCAAAGUAUUCUGGAAAUGAUGGAACCGAAAGAAACUAUCAAAAAAGCACUCCAGCGGAUUGGAAAGAAAACCGCCAAACUAACAACAGCCCAGCGUUGGAAAAUGAAGAAGGCUGGCACGUUGGACGAUUCCAGCGAGAAAGUAACAAAGCUUACUGAACUGGCAAACGAGCUGCUAACGCGAAAUGGCAACAUGGACAUAUACGAAGAAACGUACGAACAGAUUCAAAAGAAAAUAAAUAAAGCUAAACCACCCAAUCAAUCGGUUAAACCAGAUGAAGAGCUGGAUAUGUACGCGGAUGAUUUCGAUAGCAAAGAAAAGGAUAAAUUGAAAGAUACCGAUGGCACAGAACCGGUCGCUUCCGCGUCGUCUCAAUCGAAAGCGUCGGAAACUACGGGCGAAGUUGAGGCUCCGGAAAAAACGGUGUUGAUGUGGGAAUACAAAGAUCAACAAAAUGGAACGGAAAUCCAUGGACCCUUCACGACGGAACAGAUGCAGAAAUUUGUAGAUGAGGGCCGUUUGGUUGAUGGUGCUUUUGUGCGCAAGGUUGGGGACGAGGAUACGCGCUUUUACUCUGCGGCCCGAAUUGACUUUGAACUGUAUUUGUAAAUGGGAAAUAAAUUUAAGGAACAUGGUUAAAAUAUGAAAAAUUGGUUCUAUUUUCAAGUUGGUUCCACAUCUCCAGUGGACAUAAAAAAUCUACAACCCUGAACCGAAUAAUGUUAAAAUAAAUUGAAUUUAAAAUUAUCGAUGCUGUCAAAUAUUAUCAUUAAUUUUCCAAA